AUGGAGAGAGUUGUUUUUGUAGAUCCACAAGAACAAAAUGAAAAGUACUGGUGGAUAGCUUUAAUAGUAAAGGAGGAGGAUUAUGAUUUAUUUUUUAAGGAGAUGGGAGAGAGAAUACCACUUGACAAGGAGUUUCUGGUUUGUUAUUUUGAAGAUGGGAGUUACUCUUGUGUAGGUGAAAGUGAGAUCAAGAGUUUUGAUUUCAAUUCUGAACCGUACGUUCUAUGGAGUAGUGAUAAGAUCUUCUUAAGAGAUAAAUCCUACAAGCUAGCUACCUCAUAUCUCCUGGAUGGAAAGAUACCACCGAAAUUUAAGUGGUUGAAAAGAAAGAACAAAGUUGGAAAUUUAAAAAAAGGGAGUAAGGAAGAAAAAACCACGAAUACCACUGCUAGUGGUAAUAACAAGGUGAGAUAUGGGAAUAAGAGUAAAACUGGUGAUGCAUUUAAUAUUCCUAAUGACAAAUCAGAGAAUAAUCUAAAUGAAAAGGUUGUACAUAAAGAAGAGAAGGAGGAAGGGAAAACAAAGAAGAAAAUAUGGAAGGAGAGAGCAUCAGAGAAAUUCAAAAAGGGAGUAAAUGACUCUUUUAGUAUCCAUAAGAAGUGA